GUCGUGCUGUAGUGGACACCUGAGAAAAGCGCGCGUGCCAUGACUGAUAUUCCUCUCUUGAUGUCUCGGAAUGUGUCUAACAGCGACCGAAGAGGCAGUCUGUGGGGAAACGGAGAGGGGGAGGAGAAGGAGUCAAAGUAACAGCGUGAAAUUGCAUAAAACAUGCCAUAGAGCGCUGAGCGCACUUCCACACUGAUCUCUCUCCGCACGGAGUGGAUGUUCACAUGCGCUUGUGAAGGGACGAGCUCAAAGUGCAUUCCAUGGACCAGUGUCAAAGUGUCUUCUUAAAAUGUUGGACGUAUACAUGGGUAUUAUUUUAGUUUAAGGACAGAAUUUUCUAGAAACCUGCUGCUGGAACCUGCAAAAGAGGAACUUUCAACAGACUCUGCUCAGACUUCAGAGAUUUUUAUUUUUUUUUUUUCUAAAAUGCUCUUAUUUGGAAUUUCUGUCUACUGUCUCUCAUUGUUUUACGCAAACCUUGCUUUGGAGUCAAGUCACGAUUACUAUGAUUAUGACCAAGAUCAAGGAGAUGCCAUGGAGCAUUCAGACCUGGUGGAGCAGUUACGUUCAGCAGGUAGCGUGGAUGAACUUAUGAGGAUAGUUUACCCCAGUUACUGGAGCAUGCUGAAGUGUCGUUCCAAGACGGGAUCGCGCUUGCCUCACAGAGAUUACACCUCCACAGAAACAAGGUCGGAGGAGGCCUCCUUUGCGGCUGCUUUCAUCAAUCUUGAAAUUAUUAAAAGUAUUGAGACAGAGUGGAGAAAGACCCUGUGCAUGCCACGCCAAGUUUGUUUAGAUGUGGGGAAAGAGUUUGGGGCAGCUACAAACACCUUCUAUAAACCACCCUGCGUGUCUGUCUACAGAUGUGGGGGCUGCUGUAACAGUGAGGAGCAUCAGUGCGUGAACAUCAGCACUUCAUAUAUCAGCAAAACGUUGUUUGAAAUCACAGUUCCUAUCAAGCAAGGGACCAAGCCAGUCACCAUAAGCUUCGCCAACCACACUUCCUGCAGUUGUUUGUCAAAACUGGAUGUGUACCGACAGCGGCACUCAAUCAUACGAAGGGCCCUAGCAGAAUGUCAUGUGGCAAAUAAAACAUGCCCAAAAAAUCACAGCUGGAGUAAUCGCUUAUGCAGAUGUGAGCCUGUGCCCGACACCCUUCUUUCAAAACCGCAUUCUGCAGACACUGAGCAGGACUUUUGUGGCCCGGACAAAGAGCUGGAUGAGGAGACCUGUCAGUGUGUAUGCCGAAAAGAGCUGAGAACGGCAGACUGUGGACCACUGCACUACCUGGACAAGAACACCUGUCAUUGUGCGUGUAAAGUUCAGCCCUCUUCAUGUGGGCCUCAUCAGAGCUUCAACAAGGACACCUGCCAGUGUACCUGCUCCAAGGUGUGUCCUAGGAGUCAUCCUCUCAACCGCACCAAAUGUGUGUGUGAAUGCACAGAGUCUCCUAACAAGUGCUUCUUAAAAGGGAGUCGGUUCCACCCAGCCACAUGCAGUUGUGUCUGGCCGCCAUGUAACGUGGACCCCAGGAGAAGGAGAUGUAAGGAUAAUGAGUAUUUCAGUGAGCAACUGUGUUACUGUAUACCCAAAUACCUGGGGAGACUGAACUAAAUACAACCAACAGUACAGGUAGCACUGAAUGCUUACGGACACGCUGGUAUUUGGAGCAGUGCUAAUGUUCGGCUGCUGCUUAUCUGACUCACAUGUGCUAGGUCAUGUGGACUAGUGUGGAGUAAGUGGGAGACAAGAAAUGACCACAUUUAACCCCACAUAUCAAGCAUGGGGUGAGCUAUUAAGGACUGAGAGAAAUUUUCUAAGGCUGGAGCCAUGUUUUUUCAUUGUUUUAAUUGAAUUGUCUUUUCAUUUUUUUUGUCAGAUAAUGAUUAUAUAAUUUAUUGCCAUGAAAUGUUUUGAAUCUCCCUUGUUCAUAGCAUUCAUUUCAAAUCUCUGCAAAGACAAAAAAAAAAAAACCACUGUGAUCAAUAUUUUUGUAUCAUGUUAAGUCCCGUAAAAUAAAGUAUAAAGUUGUAUUAUAUAUUGUUAACUUAUUUAUAAGCUAGACUAUCUUAUUGUAAUAAUACUGCACAUGAUUCAAAUUUAUUUAGUAUUGACUACCAAAUACUGUAUAUGCACCUAUCAUUCCAGAUAAAGUUAUUCCAGAUAUCAAACUGACAGUGCAAGCCGGCAAAGAAACUUUUUUGUGCUGGAAGCAUUGCUUGUUGACAAUCUAAAACCAUCAUGCAAGUCACCUCCAACAUCGAAGACUCUGAACAAGGAAAUACAGCAUGAUAUUAACAGGGGAAAACCCUGGAUAUGGACCAUUAGCAGUAUGCAGUUCCAUAAGAGUUACAUGAGUGACAAUGUACACUUGGAUGAAUGGAUUUCACUUAUGUCACAUCCAACCUGCCUCCUUAAGUAAAAACAGUAUUACAGUGAAACAAGCUCUAAGUUUGGAGAUCAGUGGAGGACUCAUCUUUUAGGACUUUAACCUCAAUUGAUUUGUAAAUAGGAGCAAUGUGAUUGGCCCAACUCCACUUGAUAUCGGCCCUCUGUUUCAGCUUGACACUGUAAAUAUAAUAAAUCACCUCUGCUUCCA